ACAUCUCUAUCCCAUCUGUUUGCGAAAAAACAUAUAUUUUGGAUAUUGAGAGUAAAUUACUUAGCAAUUAUGAAUAUGAUAAGUGGUAUUAAGUUGUACAUUGAGAAGAUGUGCUCCGAAUCGGGGCCGGGCAUGAAAAUCAUCCUGCUGGACAAGGAAACGACGAGUAUAAUUUCAAUGGCCUUCAGUCAGUCGGACAUGCUCCAGCGGGAGGUUUAUCUGUUCGAACGCCUGGACUCGGGACGGUCCAAUGAGCGGUUAAAGUACCUCAAGUGCAUCGUCUUCAUCCGCCCUACAAAGCAAAACAUCCAGCUUCUAGCCAACGAGCUGAGGAACCCCAAAUACAGCGCCUACUACAUAUAUUUCAGCAACAUCAUACCCCGCACGGACAUCAAGUAUUUAGCCGAGUGUGAUGAAUCCGAGUCGGUGCGGGAGGUAAAAGAGCUGUAUGCGGACUUCCUGUGCGUUAACCCCAAUUUGUUCUCAUUGAACAUACCCAACUGCAUGGCAAACCUUAAUUGGCUGCCUGAUGCACUGACCCGCAGUAUGCAAGGGAUCACAGCAGUGCUGCUGUCCCUUAAACUGAACCCAGUCAUCCGGUACCGAGCCGGCUCGCAGGCAGCUCAACUCCUGGCUAAACUGAUCUACGAGCAGAUAACUAAGGAGUCGUCUCUGUUCGAUUUUCGGUCCAACAUGGAUGGUGCUGCUCCACCACUGCUGCUUGUUCUGGACCGGCGAGAUGACCCAGUAACGCCGCUUUUGCAUCAGUGGACCUACCAGGCUAUGGUCCACGAGUUGUUGCACAUCAAGAACAACCGUCUGGACCUCUCCAACCGCCCCAACGUACCGAAGGACUUCAAAGAGCUGGUGUUAUCCGGCGACCAGGAUGAGUUCUACGGCAACAACAUGUACGCCAACUAUGGUGAAAUCGGAUCCACCAUCAAGCAACUGAUGGAGGAGUUCCAACGCAAGGCCAACGAUCACAAGAAGGUGGAGAGCAUAGCGGACAUGAAGAACUUUAUCGAGUCAUAUCCGCAGUUCAAGAAGAUGUCUGGCACCGUGCAGAAGCAUUUGUGUGUGAUUGGCGAACUUUCGGGGCUGAGCAACAAGCGAAAUCUGUUUGAGGUUUCCGAGCUGGAACAGGAGAUGGCCUGUAAGGCGGAGCACUCGGCACAGUUGCAGCGCAUCAAGAAACUUAUAGCGGAUGAAAGGGUUUCUGUCGAGGAUGCUCUUAAGUUAGUGGCACUUUACGCGCUGCGAUACGAGCGUCAUGCCAACUGCGACACAUCCGGACUGCUGCAGAUCAUUAAAUCGCGCGGGGGACGAGCGGCGGUAGUGCCCUCUUUGAUCGAGUACGCUGGAACCCAUGUGCGACAGGGGGAUCUUUUCAAUAUGGUGCGGAUCACUGAUGCCGUAAAACUGACCCGCAAUCUAAUCAAGGGCCUUAAGGGAGUGGAGAAUGUCUUCACCCAGCACACGCCACUACUGAAAGAGACCCUUGAGGAUGUGUUCAAGGGUCGCGAACUGGAUCCCCUUUUCCCGGCUAUUAAUUCCGAGCUCGUGCCAUUCCGACGACCACCCCAGGAGGUAGUUGUCUUCAUUAUUGGUGGAGCCACCUACGAGGAAGCCUUGGCCGUACACCAGCUGAACAAUGCUGGAUAUAGGGUCAUACUUGGUGGCACCACCAUUCAUAAUUCCCAGACGUUUAUCCAAGAGGUCCUGGCCGCCACUAGUGGCAUCCAAUUUAAGCACACUAAAUCCAUGAUCAAAUACUGUUCCACUGAUAACAUUUAAAACUACUUGUGACUAGCCCCAAUUAUAUUGUUAACUAUUUAUUAACUAUGUAUGUAUGUGCAUAAUCCAUUUUCUAAUCCUUUCAAUUCGUCGAUGGACUAAUUGCUUUGCCUUAAACUUAUCUAAGUAUUUAGCACAGAAAGCAAGAUUUGAGGAAACGAUAAUAAGGAUUUAUGAUUAAGCUUAUUCCAUGCAUUAUACCCAUUGAAAUCCACUGCACUAUGUAAUCCUUAAGUAUUCCAUGUAAUAUAUCUGUAAACAUAUUUAUUAUUAUCCUUGAGGGCAACUAAAAGCAACGCCAAAAUAUGAAAUGUA